UAAUAAAUGGCUAAAAGAAACCUCUUUUCUUGAAGCUGCAAUUCAAUGGCUAUGUAGCUAGUGAUGUAUUAGGUGAUAGACUGACUAGAGCAGUAAAGAGAACGUUUAAUAUUCCCAACCUCUGUCUAUCGUAUUCGACCCGAUCAAUGGUGAUUUCACAACUAAAAGAUAAGUUACCUGGUUAUGCCACUUCUAUGUGUAUCUACGAGUUCAGCUUCGCCUGUGGAGAAAGCUAUACUGGGCGCACAACCAGGCAACGGAACCAAGGAGUUAGUGAACACCUCCUUUCGUGGUCAGGAAAAGGUAACGUCAAGACAAUAUGCAGCUCAGUUCUAUCACAAGUGAUCGACAGCGGUCAUCUAGUGGACAUAAACAAGUCAUUUAAAGUUAUUUAUCGUAUUCCUACUAGUUUCCUUUAUGCUGUACAAACUCGUCUCUUACACAUAGCAGAAGCUAUAAGAAUUCAAGCCAACAAUCCGAGUCUUUGUGUUCAGAAGAAAUUUGUAACACCUUUAUCUCUCCCUUGGCCUUAUUAAAUGAAUUUAUUUGUUAUUUUAUCAAACAUUCUCUUCGUUUAUUAUUUUUCUUCACCCCCUCCUACCACUUUAUUUUAUUUUCUCUCAAAUAUACGUUUUACGGUUCAAUUAUCUGAACACUUCUUAUUACAUCAUCUUAUAAUUUUUAUACAUCUUA